AUGAGUUCUGGGACUUUGAAGGCUGUCACCCAGCCCAAGCCUGGCCAGGGCCAUCCAGUGGGAGGUCCAAGUAGCCAGGCAAUCUUGUUGGACAAGCUCAACCGCCGCGCAACACCAGACUCGGAGGCGCUGGCUAGCUCCGACGAUGACGGCGACCACCGUCAAGAUCAAAACCAACCAGCGGCGCAACCUCACAAACCGGUUCGUCGGGCUUCCUGGUUGAACGACACCAGUCAGACUGCUAUCCGACCUCGCAAGGACUCGUUUGCGAGCAGCACCAUGUCUCCUACCACAUCUCACCCAAGCACGCCAUCCGUGGAGACUGGUGCUGCGACGUGGGGCAAUCUCCCGGGACAGACUGCAAGCCUCAGCCGUGCACACACUGCUGGAAGCUCUACCUUCCCGUGGGGUACGGCUAUAUGGGGCUCUGAGAGGAAGGAGCUACCAUCCAGGCUGGCAGAGCAUAUUCCUUCGCCUACAACUGCCUUCCCGCCGGGGACUACCGGUUCUCCCUUUGGAAAUCCUGAGCACAGCCUGGCCCAAACUUCACCCGGUCCUAGGGAGCCGGUUGCUAACUCACAAAUCCCUUUCGCAAUCCCCCUACACCCUACACCCAAGACCUAUCGAUCUCAGUCGUAUUCUGUAGGCCAGUUGGAUCCUGAUACUCCCACCAAUCCGAUGAUGCCCUCCUCUACGCUGGGAAGUCGGACCCGGCAGCUGCCUCAUCCUGGCCUUCAACACCGUCCUUCCCGUCCCAGUAUGCUCAGUGAGAUGUCGAACGAUGGAAUGCUUGGCAAGGUGAAAGAGGUCGAGGACGACGAAGAGAGUAGCGAGUCUAUGAGUGGGAGCCAACAGCAACAGCAGUCAGCGGAAUCCAAGACUAUCGAGUUCUUGACACGAGAGAAUGCCAUGUUGCGACAACAACAACAAUACCACAACUCACGUCUGAGGCCCCGAGCUUCCACAGGCUAUGGGCUUGGCGGCAACGGAUACGGAAUGCAAGCAUCCGUACCCGAGGAGUCUGAUUAUGCGAUCGAUGAGCUGGAGGAGGGUCAGGACAGCGAAUUUGCCAGACGAGCUUACGGCCGUAGGAUGAGUGAAUUCGGUGUUCCAGGGGGCACUUCGCAGUUUCGAUCACCCUUCUCCGCAGAGAACCGCAAGAUUGAGACCAUGAAGAAAGCAUACUGGCACAGUGCUCUAGGCUUUGGAGGUCUUGGAGACCAGCCGCAAAGUCGUAGACAUUCGUUUGCCGAUGUGCCGCAGAGGCAGGCGUCUAUUAGCUCGCUUGGUGAGCAUUUGGGACAAGAGGUGCUGUCACAAGAGCCUCAGUCCGGACUCGACUUCACGUCUCCAUACGCAGAGAACUCGGCCUAUCAGUCCGCCUCUAACGCUGCGUACUUUACCGGCGGUUCUGGUUUGCAGAUGGCACAGCAAUCCAUGGGCCCAUCGGCUGGGUAUCCUAGCCCGUACCCAUACCCAAUGAACGCUGCCAUAUCUCACCGACCCACGUCGCCACACCGUGCCAUGUAUGGUAUCAGCCAGCCGAACCGCCUGACGCCUCUGCAUGUGGUUCUGUUCAAGUGCGCCCGAGCGGACGUCUUCUACAUUCAGGAAGGCACGGGUCUCACCGUUAAGGCCGGCGACCUGGUCAUUGUGGAAGCAGACCGGGGAACCGACUUGGGAACGGUUGCAGCAGAGAACGUAGACUGGAACGAGGCCAAGCGUCUGAAGGAGCACUAUGCUGAGGAGCAGUACAAAUGGCUCAUGAUGUACUCUCAGAACGCCGGCGUUGCCCAAGACGGUGUAGGCGCCGGACUCAUGGCUGCGUCGAAUGGCGGCAGUGCUAUUGGUGGCAUGGGGCCUCCCGGUCAACACCACAUGCAGGAGCCUCCUAGCAGCGGCGAGCUGAAGCCUAAGCUCAUCAAGCGACUCGCUCAGGCCCAUGAGAUUCAGAACCUGCGGGAUAAAGAAGGCAACGAAGCCAAAGCCAAACGAGUCUGCAUGCAGAAGGUUAAGGAGCAUGGUUUGAACAUGGAGAUUCUUGAUGCCGAGUUCCAGGUAGACUGGAAAAAGUUGACCUUUUACUAUUUUGCCGACUCGUACAUCAACUUCAACUCCCUUGUCACGGAUCUCUUCAAAAUCUACAAGACCCGUAUUUGGAUGUCAGCCAUCAACCCAGCUUCAUUCGCAACUCCGCUCGGAUUGCAGGCUCCCAGCGGCGUCGGUCCGGGAGCGGUUGGGCUCGGUCGCGGUGGUGGCGUUGCCGGCUCUGAUCGUCGCCAGCAUACACAAUCCGAGCCGGUUCAGAGUGCCCGCAGUUUUCAGCAACAAGCGGCAACUUUUACGCAGCCUUUUUCGGCCGAAAGGGUAGCACAACCGACUGCUACUACAUUCGCGACUCCUACCUAUUUUCCAACCUACCCGGGUUUCCCUGGUUCUGGUCGCGCUCCAGGGUCCAUGCCGUAUGGGAAUACAGCCAUGGUCCCAAAUGCUGACGCGUAUAACGCCGCUGGGUUUUCGCAAGGCGGCAUUGACUACCGUGCCCGCAUGGCUACUACACAAUCUUCCGGGCCCGGCCCUCAUGAUGAGGCACUGUCGCCUCUCUCUGUGCCAGCAGACAUCGCUGGCCCUUUUCAAAGCCUGUCCCUCAACACCCGCUGA